UGCAUCGUGGCUCUUCCAGAAGUGGCAUGUUCGAGGGAUACUGCGGGCACUAUUGAACUCCUGCUUUCACCUAAAGAGGAUUCAAUGAAAAUGUCCGUGUGUGUCCAUGAGAACAGGAAAUCCCGAGCCAGCACCGGCUCGAUGAACAUCUACCUGUUCCACAAGUCGUCCUACGCGGACAGUGUCCUCAUGCACCUGAACUCGCUGCGGCAGCAAAGACUCUUCACAGAUGUCCUGCUUCACGCCGGCAGUCGCUCCUUCCCCUGCCAUCGCGCCGUGCUGGCCGCCUGCAGCCGGUACUUCGAGGCCAUGUUCAGCGGAGGGCUGAGGGAGAGCCAGGCGAGCGAGGUCGACUUCCGAGACUCCAUCCACCCGGAGGUUCUAGAGCUCCUGCUGGAUUACGCCUACUCGUCACGUGUGGUCAUCAAUGAAGAGAACGCAGAGUCGCUACUGGAGGCCGGGGACAUGCUAGAGUUCCAAGACAUCCGGGAUGCCUGUGCCGAGUUCCUAGAGAGGAACCUUCAUCCGUCAAACUGCCUCGGCAUGCUGUUGCUGUCCGAUGCCCACCAGUGCACCAAGCUGUCGGAGCUCUCCUGGGGCAUGUGCCUCAGCAACUUUCCCGCUAUUUGCAAGACAGAGGACUUUCUCCAACUGCCCAAAGACAUGGUGGUGCAGCUUUUGUCGCAUGAGGAGCUUGAGACAGAAGACGAGAGACUCGUUUAUGAAGCGGCCCUCAACUGGAUCAACUACGACCUGGAAAAGAGGCACUGCCACCUCCCAGAACUCCUGAGAACAGUUCGCCUGGCACUCCUGCCAGCCAUCUUUCUCAUGGAGAACGUCUCCACAGAAGAGCUGAUCAACUCUCAGGCAAAGAGCAAGGAGCUAGUGGAUGAAGCCAUCCGGUGUAAGCUGAAGAUCCUGCAGAACGAUGGCGUUGUUAAUAGCCCGUGUGCCAGGCCGAGAAAGACAAGCCAUGCCCUUUUUCUUCUGGGGGGGCAGACCUUUAUGUGCGACAAGCUGUACCUUGUGGACCAGAAAGCCAAAGAGAUAAUCCCAAAGGCCGACAUUCCCAGCCCAAGAAAAGAGUUCAGCGCAUGCGCCAUCGGCUGCAAGGUGUACAUAACUGGCGGGAGAGGCUCGGAAAAUGGUGUGUCCAAAGAUGUGUGGGUCUACGACACGGUUCAAGAGGAAUGGUCCAAGGCAGCCCCCAUGCUUAUUGCGAGGUUUGGCCAUGGUUCUGCAGAGCUGAAACACUGCCUCUACGUGGUGGGAGGUCAUACUGCUGCGACCGGCUGCCUCCCGGCAUCUCCGUCCGUGUCCCUCAAACAGGUCGAGCAGUUCGACCCGGUUGCAAACAAGUGGACAAUGGUGGCGCCUUUGAGAGAGGGCGUGAGCAACGCGGCAGUGGUCAGCGUCAAGCUCAAGCUCUUUGCCUUCGGCGGAACCAGCGUCACCCACGACAAGCUGCCCAAGGUGCAGUGCUACGAUCCCCAGGAGAAUCGAUGGACCGUCCCCGCUUCCUGCCCUCAGCCUUGGCGCUACACAGCCGCCGCCGUGCUCGGAAACCAGAUCUUCGUCAUGGGCGGGGAUACCGAAUUCUCUGCGUGCUCGGCCUAUAAGUUCAGCAGCGAUACCUACCAGUGGACUAAAGUUGGCGAUGUGACGGCCAAGCGUAUGAGCUGCCAGGCCGUCGCGUCCGGGAACAAACUGUAUGUGGUGGGCGGAUACUUCGGCACGCAGCGGUGUAAAACUCUGGACUGCUACGACCCAACGCUGGAUGCUUGGAACAGCAUCACUACUGUGCCCUACUCGCUCAUUCCCACCGCUUUUGUCAGCACUUGGAAACAUCUGCCUGCUUGAGCCCCAAAAAAACCUCUGUACAACCUUUUUCAUGAGAUUUCCCUGUUUUGCAUCAUCUACUGGACUCCGACUGUGAAGAAAGCACACGUCAUCCUUCUCUCCGGAAAAGAGACACACACCGAGCAGUGAUGUACAGACACCCGCAUUCAUCUCAACGCUGCAAAAAAAAGAUGCAGACGGAGACGCGCAUAACAGCCGGACACUUUACUGGAAUGAUGUCACGUCUGAUCCCCCCCCCCCCCACCGAGAAGGAGGACGUACAGUACAGCCGCUCACUUAAACAAACAAACAAACCAAACAAACUGCUGCUUGUUUAUUUGAGGCACAGAGACUGCGACUGUGUGGCACAUCAGGCUUUUCAUGCUGCCAUAUGAGGACUGCAAACACAUCACAUUCCCCCCAUUUAGUCAUCACAGGCUUGUGAGGAUAAUGUUUUUUUUUUUUUCUAAAUAAGAAGAAAAAAUGCUCUUUUUCAUGGAGACUGCAAUGUAAAGCAUGAUGGAUGUUCUCUUUAGAUCGAUGGGAGGAGAAGGCAAUGAUUGGUGUGCUUCAGAAGAGAAAGCGACUUCGUUUGACUGAGUGUAGCUGAUUUAUGAAAAGGCACAAUGAAGGAGCUAAUCUCCCCCCUUCUUUCCUCCUCUAAUAAGCUCUUUUAUUUGACCCUUUUGUAUCUUAUUUUCCUUCAUGUUUCUAACUGCUUUGACAUAAAAAAACAAACCUUUUGAGUGUUCCUCUCAUGAAGGCUCUGGCAGUUUGCUGUCGCUGCAAACCACGAGGUGUUGAUGACCAACACCAGCUGAGGUUGAGGAGGACGGCAGGGGUGGAGGUGCCUCGGGGGUUUACGACCUUACAUGUUUGCUGUUUUGCAGCUACGCAUUAACGCCCGCUCAGCGCCGGUUAACUAACCCCACUUUGCACACACAGGGGCGGUAUUAAGUGUCCAGAUUCAACGCUGUCGCAUUCAGCUGUAUGCUUAUUUGCUGUAAUAGACCGGCUGUGCUUCUGUUAUUCCGAGAAAAGCUGCGUCUCGCUUGCUGAGUCACAGCUGAAUGGUUUUUAGAGCAUGUCCACUCAUAGUGAUUCAGUGAAACUGGCAUGAACUCUUCUCUGUGCUCGCUGAAAUACUGUCACCUUAACCCCCCGAACUGAGAAUGAAUCAGUUUCUUUUGCUGCAAUGUAGUUAAUUUAUAUGACAAUAAUAACUCUUGUUAUGUUAAUAUGUUUAAUCCUAUUUAUUUCUUCUCUGCCUGCAUUCUUACGUGAAUGUAUGUCUGGGUUAUGUCAUGCAUGGCCAGGUGUUGUGUGUUUUUUUGUUGUUUUUUUAAAUCUCAGUUGGGCUGCAUUUUGCACAGUUCAGUCUUUCCUAAGAGGAGCUUGUUCUUUUUUAAAAAUAAAUCCUCUCAAAGGAUUUUCAUUCAUGUGUGAGUGUGGAUGGAAGAGGAAGACUGGCUCGGGUUACUGAUGGUGUGAAGAAGUUUAGUCCACAAAUUAGAAGUCCAACACUUAAACAACCAGAAAUAUAAAACUACUGGAACGCCCAAAUUAGUCAUUUUGACUUUUUUUUUAAUUGAAUAAUUGCACAAGAAUUGCAAUAAUCGAAAUUAAAUCUUUAAUGCUAGGAUAGGUAAUGCCAUAGCCUCUGAAAGGGUAAUAAAAACAUUACAAAGCAAAAUGUAUAUCAAGAAACUUCAAGAAACAAGCUGACUUAGAAAGCUAUAUGAAUAUACAUGUUAUAAGAAACAAUUACAGGUUCAAAUGAAAAUCAGGCAAGUGUUUUCCUUUAAGCAGGCUAAUUUGUAGCAAGGCAGCAUUUAGAGCACAACACUUCCUGCUCAUGUUUAAACUUAAUGCAAACAGCUAGAGUUAAUAAAUUGCAAAAAAAUGUUUCAGAGCAGAUAGAAACAUUUGAAAAUCUAGGAAUAAUCUAUAGGUAGCCUUGCAACAUUUUAAAAGAACCAACUGGUAAAAAAAAAAACCUUUUUAAAAACGCAGUAAAAGAAGAAUGGAAGUAUUCAUCUCUAAGAAGGCUAACUUGAACAAGGCUGCAAUUUUAGCAUCUUCCUGCUCAGUUUUAACCCUGGCGAGAGUUAGCCUUGCAGUAUUGUUAAAAACAACAACAACUGGAAACAACAGCUUGUUGCUAGUUAACGGAAUAGUUCCGCCUAUCUUCAAUAGCAGGAGCAUGAAGGAAACAUGAAAAAGAUUAUGGAAAAACUUCGAUUAAGACAGUAAAGGCUAUUUGAAGGAGAAGUUCUCUAAAUGUUGUUUUUUGUAACUUAAAAUGAAACAUAAACACAAGAAGAGUCAAAUUGACUGCUUUGGUCGUUCCCAGACGUCCUGUAUGGGCCUCAACAAAGCAUGAAGAUAUGAACCAUAAACAGACACGGCUGCUGGAAUGAUGCAGCGUGUGAUCCAGUAUUUAUCAGAGAGGUUACAGAGCGACCCUGACGCGGUGAAGAAUGCGACAAGUCUCUGCAGCUGUCGUCGGGACAGCUGGAGGGACAGUCUCAACGUGCUAACCUUGGCUUCUUGAGAGAGCAUUAACCCACAGUCUUCCUCACCAUUAGAACGAGAAAGAGUUGAAUCCAGUAAGCUGCGCAUUGAUAAGGGCAGACACCGCAGUGCUUUUCACCAUUGUGUCAAUAAUGCACAUACGUAGAAGUAAAAAAAAAAAAAGGAAAAAAAAUGGCAAGUUCCUAAAGACCAAAAAGAGAGAAUGUCUUAAAACAAACUUGCAUAUUUGUUCACUCUAAUCAGUGUUUUGUCUGUUUGUCCGUCUACGUGACCUGAACAUUGACGCUUUGCAUUUGAAUAUUAAUGGAAUCAUUGAAUUUCAAUGUAAGAGGUAAUGUUUUUGGUGGAUUAUAUGUAUAUCUUUUUUCAAAAUGUCUUUCCUCGUGGAGUCAUGAAACCAAUCAAAUCUGUGGGCAUAAUA